AUGGGAAACUGAUGUGAAACUACUCAACUUAGCUCAAAAAAGCGCAAAGAAAGUUGCAGAAGCAUAUCUGAAUUUCUUGAAGUGAUAGACAAGGAUGGAUUUAAGACAAGUCACUAUUUAUCACAGAAUACAGCUGAUACUAGUGAGGAAACCCACGAAGAUCUAUCAAAAUAUGAAGUUCACAAGUUGAUAGGAAGAGGCUCAUACGCCAAGGUCUUUCUUGUCUCAAGGACAAAUACAGGCGAGAAGUACGCCAUGAAAGUCCUUAGGAAGUGUGAAAUGGAAUGCAAAAGAGAUGUUAAGAGAGUUUUUAUUGAAAAAGAUAUCAUCAGACAUCUUGAUCACCCCUUUAUUGUGAAGUUGUACUCAACUUUUCAGACAAAAGAUAAAGCUUAUUUUAUCAUGGACUUGCUUAAUGGUGGUGAUCUAUACGCCCAUAUCACUCAGUUCGGGAAAUUUAAGGAAUCUAAAGCUCGAUUUUACGCCGCUGAGAUCAUCCUGGCUCUUGAGCAUCUUCAUAAAAAUAAGAUUAUUUACCGUGAUUUAAAGCCGCAAAACAUUGUUAUCGAUAGUGAUGGUCACAUAAAACUGGCCGAUUUCGGACUAGCAAAAACAAAUUUCAAGCAAGAUCAGGAGAACACUAUCUGAGGAACAAUGAAGUACAUCGCUCCUGAGACUAUUGGUGGUGGAAAGUACACCUUCACCAUCGAUUGGUGGAGUUUAGGAAUUAUUAUCUACCGAAUGUUGACUGGUCAGCUGCCUCAUCCCACGUCAGCUAACAGUAAGAUCCCAAAAUAUAUAAUAAAUCACAAACUGCCCUUCAAGAAGGAGUUAUUGACUAAGAAUGCUUAUAAUUUAGUCACUAAGUUAUGUGAAAGAGACCCAGAGCUCCGACUAGGCGCCUUAGGCGUGGAUGAGAUCAAGGAACACCCAUUCUUUAAGAACAUCAACUGGACCAAAUUGUACAAAAAGGAGGUAAAACCUCCUUACAAACCCAGAAAAGGCGUGGUUACAUGUGGUGACCUUAGAGGAGGCCUAGAAGAUACUAAGAUAAAGAGAAGCCAAAAGAAGGGUAAGAACUUUCAUAAAGAGCACUUCGUGAACUUCUCCUUCGCCUCUCCAGAACUUAGAGGCAACUACAUCUCAGAAUUUGACGAUUUCGAGGAAUCUAAGUACUAAGAGAAUUUCUGGUAUUGUCUGGUAAUACUAGAGAUAUCACUAAAUUUGUUAUAAAAUUGC